GGAAUAACUCAAAGUAAACAAGAUGGAAGACGACGGAGGCGUCUUUGCGGGAGAAACCGUGGAAGAGUUUCGCACUUAUGAGGACUUCUUAGAUUCUCAGAUAAAACCUCUGGAUUUAUUUUACCUCGAGGAUCAGGAACUGGCCCGCCAGCUGGUGGAGCUGGGCCACAAGGGUAGCAGUUUGGAGAGAGAGGAAUUUGAGACAAGGAAAGCAGCUGCCGAGGCCUCCAGGCUUGCUUCAGGGAGCCAACAGAAGAAGCUGGCAAGUACAGGAAAGGAACUCAAAGAUAACUUCCUGAGAGCCCUGGCGGAGCGGGAGGAGGCUAACCGCAGUGGGGCAAUGACUUCCAUCAUUUUCAUAAGGGACCGAAAUUCUCACGGACAGGAAAUAUCUGGGUAUAUAGACUACUCCCACCGACUAAAAUCUGAAGACUUUGAACCAUAUUUCAGCGGAAAGAAAAGGCUCAUGCCAAAACCAACUGACUUAAGCUUCUACAACUGGGGAACACAGGUGGCCAAACAUAAUGCCAGCACAAACUAUGAGGUAAUCACAGAAAAUCCAAGCGGCCUGCUCUUCAAGUGCAAGAACGACAGGAAAAUCUUGAAUGUUGACCCAGAGGCAGCACCCGGCGAUAGCUCCAUCCGAACUCCUGUCCAAUGUGACCUAUAUGUGCAUGUUGUCAUUUAUGACCACGUCACCAGAAAACCUGCAAACAGUUCCUGUGCACCGCUCUCCAAUUAAAUGUAUUAAAAAGCACUUGGAGCCUCUAAUUUAAUCUACAUUAAAGCAGUUUUAAUCUUAUAUAUUUCUGACUCCAUAUUGUGGCACAACAUCUGGAUGCAUAGAGUGGCAUAUUAAUGCAAUAGUCAUUUAACAGUGUCUGAAUAAAAAAAUAAGAAAAAAGAA